UAUAACUAUACGCCCCCAAAGAAUGUAUCCUCAACAAUUUAUCCAAAGAAACUAUUAUGAGCAACAGAAGACUCAGAAUAAGCCUGGUAAUAGGCUUGGAAUGAAGAAUAUUGCUAAGUGGAAGAAGAACCUCUUACUUAACUGGCUUAGGGAACACAGAGAGAAUCCUUAUCCAACCUCUGAAGAGAAGGAUCAGCUGGGUAAAAUCUGUGGCAUUUGAGAGCCUAAGGGGAUAUAAUAAAGCAAUGAUUCUCUAGGAUAUAAGUAAUAAUUUUGAAAUUAUUUGUCCAUAUUCCAAAGACAUCAUAAUAAAAUGGAAUUAAAUAAACUAAACUAAAGCCUUUACUUUUUCCUUAGAUGUUGGCACAAUGUGUAAAACUAGCAUCUCAAAUUUUUAAAAUUUGAGAAAUAUAUGCAACUGGUUCACUAAUGCGAGGAAAAGAUACCCAGACCAAAUUUACACGGAUCAGAGUCUGAAAAAUAUCCAAAAUCCUUCGAUGCUAUCAAACCCUCAACGCUCAAAUACUCCAAUCCAGUUACCUUCCUUCUCUUCAGCUGAAGAACUUAAAAAGACUACCAGUCCUCAGACACUCGAGCCAUUACUCCAAGAAUACUGUAUGUGCAGCAUAG